AUGAUUUUAAUACUACUUGUUUCAUCUUAUUUUUAUUUAUUGACACAAUCUGAACUGGUUGUUGGAAAACCCAAUUUGAAAUUGUUGGAAUGUUUUGAGUUCAAAAAAAAUUAUUGGAUUGUUGGACAUGCUUUUCACACGUCAUCAGUUCAGGUAAGUUGGAUUGAGACGAAAUUUUUGGGAGAUUUUGGAAUGGGGUGAUUCAGAAAAAAAAUUUGACUCAAGAAAUCGUUAAAAAACGAUUCUCCAAUUUUUUCUUCUCAUUAUAAAGAUUUCACAAUAUUUAAAACCUUGAAAAAUCUAACUACAGUAACCCACUGGCCUUCAAAGAAUCUCAAAGUGUUCACAGUUGAAUUUUUCAGACCCAGAAAAUAUUUCAGAGAAAAACCUGAUAGAAUAAAUAACUCAUAGUGAAUUAGAAAAAAGCCCUUUCUCAAAAUUGUUCCAACAUUUUUGUGGAAAAAAUGCAAUACUUCUUGGAUACUGUAUGACAUGUUUUUUUUCUGAAUUUCAUCUGAAAAAUUUUCCCAAAAAAAGUUUUGUGAGAAUUAAUUUAGCAAUUUCAGGAUUGUGGUUUUUCGGGAAUUUUUGAUAUUUAUGAGUAUUCCAAACUUUUAUAUUUUUUAAAGUUUAAUUUUACUCUAAUAUUCAAAAACUCUCUUACCUGUUUUUCUUCAAAAAACGUUCCAAAUUCUAAUGUAUUUCUCCCUACUCAACAAUCAAUCAAAAUUCUCGAAAUAGAUUUUCUGAACAUUGGUCAAUUGUUUUUUAUUUCAUUUCAAUCAAUGUUUCUACCAAUUCAUCCUAUCCGCCAGUUUUUUCUACCAAACAACAAAAAACCAAAGAAUUAUAGAUUUUUUCCGGUUAUCAAAUCAUCAUAAAAGAGAAGAGAAAGUUUGAGGAAUUUGAGGAACUUUGAAUAGUUCAAUGACACCAUUCUGUCUGUGAUGAAAAAUGAAGAAGAAAAAGAAGUGUGUAAUAAAAUAAAACUUAUUUUAUUUAUCAUUCACAUGAAUAUCCGAUUUAUUAUGAAUUUUGGAGAAAAUUUAAAAAGGGUUGGAACGUUCCACAACAUCCUGAACUUGGCAGGAAAUAUUUUUCGAAACAAUGCAUUCGAUUUUUGAAUGUGGCUAAGUUUUACAAACAAAAAAGGUAUUAUUGAAUUCUAGUUCUUGAAAAAUCUUAGUUCUUCUUAGUUCUUGAAAAAAAUUAUUUUCUCAAACCAUCAUUAUGUUGCAAAAUCCAGUUAUCUGUGACGUAACCCGAUAUCCGGAAAUCAGCAUUUUUAUCAAUGAUUUGAUAAGCUUCAAGUCAAGUUGAAAAUUGCAAGCUUAAUUCGAUCCAAAACUUAAUAAAUCUUUUUUCAACAAACUUUUUUUCUGCAGUUCAAAGAUGAAUGUUUACGAAUGUGUUUAACAAGUGCAAUUCGACGAGCAAAAUGUUUAUCAGCAAUGCAUAUUCCAAAUGAUGAUGAAUGUGUUAUAUCAGAUCAAAACCAGUUAACAAAACCUGAUUUAUUCAUCGAAAAUGACGCUUCAACUAGUUUCACUGUCAAUUUUUUCAGAAAUGUUUGUAUUGAUCCACCAGAUAGUGAAGGUGUUUUUUUAGAACUUAAGUCUGAAGUACAUAUCACACAGUAAUUUUAUAGGCGCAUACAGAUUCGAAGCUCGUUUACAAGGUUAUAAAGGAGGAGAAGGUAUUAUUGAAUUUGCCCAUCGACCCGGUGAAUUACCACAAGUUAUGGUUGUUUUAUCUGGUUUGAAAGAGAAUUCGAUUUAUGAGAUUCGAUAUAUGGAAAGUAAUACUUGUCCGAAAAUGAGGAUUAUGAAAGAGGGAAAAUUGAUAAUGAUUGUGGAUACGGAUCAUACUGGAAUGGCUGUGCAACCAUGGAAAAAAGCUGAAGGAAUGGAUGAACAAUCUAUUAUUGAUAGGGUUGGUUUUCCUGAAAAAGGAAUAUGGGAUAUGAUUUUUUUGUGAAUUUCAAAAAAUAAAUUGGGCUGAAAAAUCUAAACCUACUAAUUCAGAUAUACCUUACCCUUAAAUUAAUUAAUUCCAGGCCAUUAUGGUUGUUGAAAAAUCCACUAACAAUAUAAUCGAUUGUGGAGUUGUAAAACUAUCAAACACAACUUCAAUUUCCUCAAGAAAUUCAUCAUCAUCUUUCUUUAAUUCAAUACCCAUUUGUAAUGUUCUAAUUUUCAUUUUUAUUUUUAUUUUCAUUUUCAAUGUUCAAAUUUAAUAAAUAAUAACAACAUGCAUCUGUAUAAAUAAAUAAAUAAAGUAAUCUCGACAAAAAUAUUAAAUCGGUUCUAUUAAAAAAAUUCACGUAAUUAAUUUUUAAAUAAUUGAACAGUUCACGUCUCUUAUCUGAUUUUAAUAUCUCAGUCGUGGAAAAACAAUCUGGUCAGUUCUUAUAAAUUAUAAUUUGGAAUUCAGUGACUGUUUUAUGAUAGAAUCAGAGUAAGUUAAUUGUUGCAACAACCUCUGACUAUUAUAGUUUCAAUAUAGUAUUUUUCAGUCCACGCAACCCAAUCAUAACAUUUAAAAAAAUUGGUCGAACAAGUAAGUUUUUUCGCAAAAGGACCAACAAAUCUUUGGAAAAGUUUUAAAAAAUUUUCGAAAUAAUUUUUCUUCGCAUGUUUUUUGAAUUACCAAAUUUUUUUACAGCUUCCGUGUGACUAUUGACUCAAAAAUAAUAUCAAUGGGAAAAUGUACAGAUCUACUAGGCGACUAUGCACAUAAAAUAUCAGACGUAGAAGAUAUGUGCAUUAUCAACUUCGUAAGUUUUCCAGAACAUCCUCUCGAGUUUUCACUUGAGGAUAUCGCAGAGAAUCUACUUCGAAAGUGUGAACAACUUUUCCAAAUUGUGCUUUUUAUAUCUAUGAAAACAGUGUUUUGUGUCUACAGUAAUCCUUGUAAUACUGAGUGUUAUGAGAUUAAGGUAGUCACACAAAAAUAGUUUAUUUUGGUGCCACGUUAAUAUGACUUUCUUUGAUAAAACAUAAUCAAUUUUUCAAGACUUCCGAAAUUCAUUCCAAAAUUUUUAUUCAUCUACGAAGUUUUUUUCAAUUUGAAAAGCAAUUUUUUCAGAAAUAUGAACAAGAUCAACUGGAUUUUCUGAAACUCAACAAAAAAUUCAAAAUGCUCUUGAGCGAGGCUGUCUUAAAGUUCAGCAAUUUACCGCGCACGGUUGGAGUCGACAUGUUAGUUGAAAAUCUUAAAACCUAUGGAAAUAUUAUUUCGUGCACCAAAUACAAGAACGACGAUUUUGCACUCGUUGAAUUUUCCACGGAAGACGAGGCGCGAAACUGCAUGAAAGUGUUCACUAACAAUGUCGUAUUUUUAUUGGGGUGAGUUUUAUUUGUUUUUUUUCCGAAUUCAUAAAUAAUUUUUCAGGAAUCAUGAACUUCCAACGGUAUGUGAAGCAUUUGUUUCAAAAGAAUUGCAAUUCAAUACAACAACAGCUGGAGUCUACUCGUAAGUUUUUCGUAAUAUAAUUUUAUCAACUCGGGGAAAAUACGGUGGCGACAUUUUUCAAGUAUCAAAUUAUGUAACCUUCAUGGCCUCAGAAUGACGCCUCGGCACCGUAUUUUUUCAGAGUACAUAACAACGUAUUCUUAUUUUCAUCAUCUGAUGAAGUUUUGGGAACUUUUUAAAAUGAUUGGGCCCUAUGCUUUUUUUAAAAUACAAUAUUACAGACCAAAAAUCAUUCCCAACACUGACAAAUUAAAUUUUCACAUAUGGGAAAAAAGAAGCUCGAGUUACAAUCACACUUCAACUUGA